AUGAUUGAUCUAAGCUUGAGAAAUGGAACAAUCGAAAUACUCAAACAAGAUGAAAUUUUCACUGAUGGCGAUGAAGCGCACUAUUUGUAUUGGUCUCUCAUCCGCCUUCAAGCUCUUUACUUUCAUGAGUUUUGCCACUUUGUUUUUAUUGGUGAAGAAUCAGAAAUUCCUGUAACGAAUUCACAUAUUAUUGGAGGGGUGGAGCAGUACACAUUAAAGCAGUUUGAAGAGUUGUGA